AGCGUAAGGAGGAACCAAUCAGUCUAAAUGCCAGCAGCGGUUGCGGUUGAAUAGUCGACGAGUCCAGGCGAAGGUGUAAUUUUCUGUGUUAUCCUCGAUGUGGAUACAUGUAGCAAUCAAGCCAACGAUCUGAACGGAAUUGUAAAAAUUCAACAGUAAAAUAAAAUAAAUCAAGGCGAGCCAAUCGACGUCAUCAAACAUCGAUUAAUAACACAAUACAAAUAAAAAAUAGCACAAAACAAAUCGAAAGAACUAAGAAGUUAGUGUAGAGUACUACUGGCUAUCCAAGUUGCAAAUAGGAUCAAAACUAUACGGUGUGAAGGAGACGACAAACAAGUUUUAGAUAUAUUAGUUUUGGUCGAUCAGUCAAUGGUAUCGAAACGCCAGAAGCAGUGACAAACUUUCAAUUAGAAAAUCCCACUUAGACCACAUUGAUGGCUGCCAAUCGAAUCAAAAUGAAUCGAUGAGCGGUCCAUCAGUGAGACACAACAACAGCUUUACGAAACACGUAUUACUACAUAUGUCCCAUAGCAAGGAUAAUAAGGAAACUAGUAACAACCAUAAGUUGAUUGCAGCAACUACUUCGGAUACAAUAAUUACGGCAAACAUAAACACUCAAACCGACAUGAAGUCUGAAUACGCUUUUAAGGAAAAACUUAAAAUUUUUAAGGCUAGUUUUAAUCGAGACACUGUGAAUGAUACUGAUGAUGUCGAUAACGAUCAUUUAACUACGAUUAGGGAGAACCAAAUUAUCGGCGCCGAUGCAGUCGCUCAUGGCACUGCUGCCAUUUAUCAAUCCGAAAAUGAUGACGAAAAAUUCAUAACUCAAUUGCAGUCGAUACACACCGUCGAACAGCAGCUAAUCGAUGGAAGUGAAGAUAUAAAGAUGAUGCAACAAAUCAAUGACGAUAACAAUGAUUCUAUUACUUUAAAGUUACUCUGGCCACCAAAACAAUUGCAAUUCAAUCAGUCUGAUGUCUUGCCUGAUAACAAAAAACUAUCAAAGAUGGUUCAUAACAAUAAAAUGUACCAAAUAAUUCGCGAUAAUAAUAGUCUUAAGGGUAAAAAUAUUUUGAAUGCUACUGAUACCUUUUGUGAUAACUACAAGAAUGAAUUAAAUGUUGCUAAGUCUGAUAUAAUAGCGGAUCGUCGUGUUGCUGACACACAAACCGCUACAACUACUUCUUCAAUGGCAAAUGAUACUACUGCAAAGACUACAAACUCUACUACGCACGAUAAUCGUAAUCGCUAUGAGUAUAAGAUAGGAGGAGAUUCUGUUGCUGACAACCCAAUUGUAAAUGAAAACAAUAAGCUGCCAUCAUCGUCGAUAUCCAACGAUCAAAAAAGUGUAUUGGCAUCCACAUUAACUGAAUUCACAUCGCACAUUUCAUUUGAUAAGCUUAUCGAAUUAAUUGAUUCCGAACCAAAUCGCGUCCGUGAAUGGAAUGCGAAAUCAUCGACCAAUACCAAAAGAUUGAUGCGUCUCUGCGGAGGUGGCGAACAGGGCAUCAACAACGGAACCACUGGCUGGGGAUCACCACCAACAGCACCAAGCGCAGCAGCUGGAGCAAGUAAUGCAAACACCAGCUCCUGGGGCGCAAGUCAACCACCGCAACAAUGGGAUCAGCCAAGUGGCUCGAAUGCAGCUGUUAAUGUGAAUGCAGCUAAUGCUAAUGUUGGACAAAACGCAACUAUGUGGCCACCGGCCGCUGGCGCCAAUCCAGGCUCACAACAAGCUCAUGAACAAAUCCAAAAUGCCAGCAAAGCUCAAGGCCAAACUCAACAGCCACAGCAGGCUCCAGCACAACAACAACAGCAACCACCACCACCACCUCAGCAAGCUGCCGGCAGCAAUAACAACAUUAGUAUCAUUGGUGCAAAUAGCAAUAAUCCGGGGAACAGCACAGGUGCCUCUGGUCUUAUUGGAGGUGGAACCUCGACAGCAGCUGCCAAAAAUCAACUCGAGCAAUUGACAACUAUGAGAGACGCUCUGUUUAGUCAAGAUGGUUGGGGAUGUCAACAUGUGAAUCAAGACACUAAUUGGGAUGUCCCAGGAUCUCCAGAACCAAUGACCGGUGGAAACAUCGUAAAAUCCGAUCCAACUCAAUCUGUGACUGCUGCCGGGGCUGCAGCAGUACAAACUACAUGGAAACCAAAUAUCAAUAAUGGUACUGAAUUGUGGGAGGCGAAUCUCCGCAAUGGUGGCCAACCACCUGCUCCAGCUGUUCAAAAACCUUGGGGACACACCCCAUCUACAAAUCUUGGUGGUACCUGGGGUGAAGAUGACGAUGGAGCUGACUCAGGUCCUUCUUUAAGUGUUUGGGCAACACAAUCUAAUGCACCGGCUCAACAAUGGAAUCAGCCAAGCGGCUCGAAUGCAGCUGUUAAUGUGAAUGCAGCUAAUGCCAAUGUUGGACAAAACGCAACUAUGUGGCCACCGACCGCUGGCGCAAACCCAGCAACCACUACCGCAACACCAUUACAACCGCCACAAAUAGUAAAUCCUGUAUUGGGUGGACAAGAUGUACGGAACGUAGCUGGCAACCAAAUGGAUAUUAGAAAUGCAGAUCCACGUGACAUUCGUUUAUCGAAUGGUCCACACUUCAACAUUCCAAUGGCGCAUCCACGUGAUCCAACCAGAGAUAUACUUCGUGAUCUUUCCAGGGAUGUUCGUGAUGUACGUGGAGAUCUGCGCGGCAUUUCAGGCCGAUUGAAUGGAACCUCUGAAAUGUGGGGACAACAUCACAAUUUGACUCAAGGUGUCAAUCAACAAACAGCACAGCAGCCUCAGGCACAGCAGUCCCAACAGCCGCAAUCUCAACAUGGACAAAUGCCAAUGAAGACAGAUAAACCACCAACUGGAUGGGAAGAGCCAUCUCCGCCUGCACAACGACGUAAUAUACCGAACUACGAUGACGGAACAUCAUUGUGGGCAUCUCAGCAGCAAGCACCCCAGCAGCCAAAUCAACAACAAACUACUCAACAGCAACAGCAACAACCAGUGCCAUUGCAACAAAAUCGGGGUUGGCCAAAAGGUGCACGAAGUUCUUGGGAUGAACCUGUUGCAGGGUCAGGAUCUACAACUCCACAGUUGCCGCAAAAUCGUAUCAUUCCAAGCGGAUUACCAAGUGGACUUCCAAGUGGACUUAAGCAAGAUGGUUCUAUGUGGAAUCAAGCGCCAAACAAUGCCGGACGCACAACGUCAUGGGAGGAACACUCAGUCGUUUCUGGUGUCAAUGAUAAGAAUGCUGCUAUUAAUGCAAACGCAGGUGGCGCAUGGGACGCGCAAACUCCAGGAGUUUGGCAACAGCAACAACAACAGCAAGUCCAACAACAACAACAACAACAACAACAACAACAACAACAACAGAAAAAUAAACAAAUUAUGGGAUUGGAUCGGAACUCAACAUCAAAAGUGUCAUCAGGAGUUUCGUCUUAUAGAAUGUUGUUUGAUAUGGGUUUUAAAAAGGAAGAGAUCGAAUUAGCAUUGCGAGCGACUAAUCUCAAUUUGGAUGAAGCCAUCGAGAUUUUAAAUCAAUCUCGUUCGGCCAACAGCAUUGACGCAUGGAGACGUCAUGACGAGCACAACGCCGGCGCCAGUAACUUUGAUCACAACAACUUUCCACAACGAUAUCCAGGGGGACCACAACAAGCAAUGCCAUUUCAAAAUAAUAAUCCAAAUUUGUUGAACGCUAUUGGCGUUAGUGGGGUUAGUACAAAUCCAGGCUUAAAUGCCAUCGGCAACAUGCAGCCCAUGCAAGCACAAAAAUAUUUGAAUCAAGGCGCACAUAAUGCUUCAGGCACUGGGGGCGGAUUCAAUCAAGGUAUAAAUCAAACGUUGAACGCAGGAAAUUCAGGUAAUACGACCCCAGCCGCUGGUCAACCAUCGACGCAACAAUUACGUAUGCUUGUACAACAAAUUCAAAUGGCUGUGCAAGCUGGUUACCUGAAUCACCAAAUCCUCAAUCAACCAUUAGCUCCAACCACCUUGGUCCUGCUCAAUCAGUUGUUGGCUCACAUCAAACAACUGCAAGUGAACCAAGCAAAUAUGAAUCGAGGCAUUAACAACAUUCCCAUGACGUUAAACAUAUCGAAGUUGAAGCAACAAAUUGCUACAUUGCAAAAUCAAAUAGCACAGCAGCAAGCCGCCUAUGUGAACAAACAACCUGGUGGUAAUCAUAACUUGAGCGGAAAUGGAAAUGUCAGUAUCGGUGCUGGGAUAGGAAUUGCAAAUAUUGGAAAUGUGGCCAAUGCUGGUGUUGGACCAUCGCCAAAUGACUACUUACGUAACCAACACGAUCCAAUCAAUUCAUUGCCGGGUUCAUUCUCUGACAUGUCUAUGUCCAAGGAACCGCCUAAUAGCUUCCAAAACUCAAGCGGUCAACAGUCUCGUUUGAAUCAGUGGAAAUUGCCCAAUUUCGAUAAAGAAGGCGGUGAUAACACAACUGAUUUUUCUCGUGCACCAGGAACGACUUCCAAAUCGACGAUGUCUACAUCGAAUUCAGUUAUUGGAUCACUUGGUUUACAGGAUGGAACAUGGUCUUCUGGUCGAAGUAUUAGUGACGGUUGGCCAGACUCAACACCAGAUAGCGAGAAUAAAGACUGGCCAUCAUCUCAACAAUCUCCUGCCGCAGCGUUCACAGACUUAGUUCCUGAGUUCGAGCCUGGAAAACCUUGGAAAGGAUCGCAGAUGAAAACUAUUGAGGAUGAUCCAAGUAUUACCCCGGGCAGUGUUGCUCGCAGUCCAUUAUCGAUAGGUGCAGCAAAGGAUACCGACUUGUUUGCAAGUAGCAGCAAAACUUCACCGACAGAUAUACCACCGUUAAGUCUAUCGUCUUCCACUUGGAGUUUCAAUCCAACAGGCUCAUCUAGCCAGCCACAUUUCACAAGUUCCAAAGGUAGUAACUGGUCCGAUGGUGUAUCACAUCAAAUGGGCAAUCAGUCUGAAUUAUGGAGUGCCCCGAUGGCGAACAAAUCAGCUCGGGGACCACCACCCGGCCUAGGCAACAAUAACAAGGGAAAUCUAGCUGGCACCAACGCAAUAACUUCAACUGCAACCAGUUCCAGCACAAAUGGUUGGAUUGGCGGUAAUUUACGUCUAAGUUCGGGUUCAUGGCCUUCAACUUGGUUACUUUUGAAGAACAUGACUGCUCAGAUUGACGGUUCAACUUUGCGUACAUUGUGUAUGCAACAUGGUCCAUUGCAGCACUUCCAUUUGUAUUUGAACCAUGGCAUAGCUUUAUGUAAAUACUCGACUCGCGAAGAAGCUAACAAGGCACAAAUGGCACUCAAUAACUGUGUGUUGAGUAACACAACAAUUUGUGCUGAAUCUCCAUGUGAGAGUGAAGUUCAAAACAUCUUACAGCACUUGGGUGUGCCAGCCAAUCAACAGCCACCUCCGCCCCAACAGCAGCAACAGCAGUCACAAAAUCCCCAACAAUCACAACAGCCACCACCAGGGCAACCAACAUCGGCUGCUUCAUUAUCAUCGCAAUGGCGUCCAUCUAGUCAAAACACCCAAAAUCGUUCUUCAGGCUCAGAUGCUUGGGGAGCAGGUUCAGUAGUAUGGCCUACUAGUACUAAUCCAGCUGGUAAUUUUUGGACCGGAUUAGAUGCUGCUUCAACUGAACGUGGGACUCCGUCUAGUUUAAAUUCACUAUUACCUGAAAAUUUACUUGGCAAUGAAUUAAAUUAGGCUGUACAAAUGCGACAAACAAAUGUGAACGCGAAGACACAAAGAAGCGAGUAGAAAACACACUAUUUAAGUGGCUUAGAAAUAAGGGAAAAGUGAAAAAUGAUAAAUAAAAAAAACAACAGCAACAACAAACAACAAAA